AUGUCAAUGUUUUCAAUCCCCGGAAAGAUCCAUUUCGCUUACGCGAACUUCGAAGAAAGCCGAGGAAACUUUGAAAUCGUUAGCACCAUUUACACGAAACUCACGGAUAUCAACGAGCUCGACCCUACCCUGACUUUUAUUCAAUACAUGCGCUUUGCAAGAAGAACUGAAGGAAUCAAAGCCGCGCGUCAAAUUUUCCGGCUGGCUCGAGAAGAUGGCCGAAUAAAGUACCACGUAUUUAUUGCCGCUGCCUGGAUGGAGUACUACUGCGCCAAGGAUAAAAAUCUAGGAAAAGUUUAA